UCGUUCGAUUAUCCCCAUCUGUAGUAAAGUGCGAAUGUCCCGCGUUCGUCGUACGAUCUACGACAUUGUCGUUAGGUGAUCAAUGGUAGCCAGACGCAUUUAGUAGCCGCUGCUCAGCCGCGCUUUCUUAUCUAGCUUCGACGAAGGCAGCCUUCUAUACCAGUGCGUAUAAAGGUUACUUCUGACCGAGGUGAACGAUCUGCCGCGCGUCUCCAGACCACGCCAGUCGCCUCUUUCCUCGGGAUUCUAGAACUUCAGCCCUGGUAACUGCUCCUUCUCGGUUGCAUCACGAUGACGAGGCUGCUCUACGUCCUUUUCAUCUUGGCCUGCAUCAAUGGCACCUUCGGAGACGGGCUCAAGUGUCUUCUUAAACCUGCUGAUAUACCAACAUCAUGGAUAGACAUGACUGAUCCAUGCACGAAACUCAUGGAGUCUCAAGUUAAAACUGAAAUGGAAGCUGCUAUGAAAUAUCUUGCGAUGGGUGCCCACUUUGCACGUGAUACUAUAAAUCGUCCAGGCUUUAGCAAGUUCUUUUUUGAAAGUGCGAGCGAAGAGAGAGAGCAUGCGAUAAAGAUCAUCGAAUAUUUACUAAUGCGUGGACAACUUACAAAUGAUGUCAGCAAACUUCUCAAGUAUUCUUUGACUACCAAUAAUACAAAUCCGAUACGCCAGGAGUGGAAUACUGGAGAAGAAGCUCUCACUGAUGCUUUGAAAUUGGAGGCUCAAGUUACGCGUAGUAUUCGUGAUAUAAUCAUAACGUGCGAAACUCCAAAAACAUCUUCUUUCAAUGAUUAUCAUUUGGUCGACUACCUCAUUACCGAUUUCUUAGAGGAACAAUAUAAAGGACAACGCGACCUCGCAGGCAAAAUCUCAGUGUUGGGUAAAAUGAUACAAGCGCACGGACCUUUGGCAGAAUUUUUAUUCGAUAAGAAAUUAUUGAGUGGUGAAGUCUAAGUGUUUUGGUGACAUCAAAAAAUAUAUACUGAAAUUUAUAGCUCAAUCUAUAAAUUUCUCUUUUCUAUAAAUACAUAAAAUUUAUAAAAUUAUAAUGGCCACAUUUAGGAUACAUUAUAUAAUUCAGAUUAUUACCAUGUACAAUCUUGUUUAUAUUUUAUUGUAGAAAGAUAUAUAAUUAACAAUUUUUGUUUAUCGAGCAUAUUUCUAAAUGUGGCCUGUAAUAUUAUAAGAGUAUGCAAAGCAUAAUGUUUGUUAAUCUAUAACAAGUAUAUUAUCCUUGAUAAAUACAUAAAUAAAUAAAUAAACAUUA